AUGCAUGUCGCGAAUGACCCAGACAUAUUGACCGUCGCGGACCACGUCGUGGUGGUCGUGGAACAGCGAGGUGGCCGCUAUCGUCGACUUAACAUCCUGAUUCCACACAAGCCCAGCGCGACCCGCGAUCCGACGCCGAGAUCGUUGCGCAACGUCAUCGCCUGGGUGCGUCGCCUGGGCCCGCAAUGGACCGUCCGCGUGCUGGACGAGGCCAACCUUCGCCUCUUCCUUGAUGCGGCGGUCCUCCCCGGCGCCGUCAACCAGCGAACCAUGGAUGGGCCCAGCGCCGGGCCUCACACGGCGGAUCUGAUUCGCCUGCCGCUGCUGUAUCGCUACGGGGGCGUCUGGAUGGACGUCGGCACGCUCCUCUUCAUCUGCUGGCGCGUCCUCGCGGACCCGGCGACCCCGUACGAGAUGACCGGAUGCCACAUCGAUCCGGACCGCGAGGGGGCCAUGGGAAGAGUCACCGACUACAUCGCCCAGAUGCAUUGUUUCGAGCGACUGCGCAAACUGGUCGAUCCCACCGACGGCUUCAAUGGUCCCGCUUACUACACUGGCAAGAUCUAUGUUCUGCCGGCGCUGGACGAGAUGUACUACUUCCAGAAGCGCACAGGAUGGAAUGGUGGCGAGCAGUUUGGACUUCUGCGCCUACAGCGCGACGGGGAAGGGGCGGUCCACGACCUGGCGUAUGCUCGGGCGGAGGAGAUUGAGGACAGCAUGCUGGCCAACUCAGCGCGAAUGAAGCUGUCCCAUGGUCCACCGGGGGAGCUGGAUGCCCGGGCCGAUCUGUGGGACGAGCCCCAGUACGAGGACCGGGAUAUCCAGCCGGGCACAUUCGCUGCCCAUCUCAGACAUGCGAGUGCCAAUCUGACCCAGACCAGGCAGCUGGUACCGCUGAAGGUGAAGCUUGAGACAGAGAAUGUUCUGCACGCGGGAGUGCUCGAGGUGAAGAUUCCGGGUUGAAAAGACUACCA